CCCUGCCUGAGUCGCACAAAAGCUGACUGGAAGCAAAUUCCUGGCCUGCUGCUGGGCAGGAAUGGCUGCAAGGGGCCCAGGUCUCAGCAGGGCCUUGGGUGCUCCUCCCUGCCCGGCUUGGAGGCAAGCUCACUGGGGAGCCAAGGGACGCCUGAAGCCUGAGUACGAUGCCGUGGUGAUAGGAGCAGGACACAACGGGCUGGUGGCUGCGGCGUACCUGCAGAGACUGGGGGUGGACACAGCCGUCUUCGAGAGACGCCCUGUGAUCGGGGGUGCAGCUGUUACAGAGGAGAUCAUUCCAGGGUUUAAGUUCUCCCGAGCGUCCUACCUCCUCAGCCUGCUGAGGCCGCAGAUUUACACUGACCUGGAGUUGAAGAAACACGGGCUGAAGGUUCAUCUUCGAGACCCCUACUCCUUCACCCCAAUGCUGGAAGAGGGCUUGGGGAGCAAGGUGCCCAGGUCCCUUCUUUUGGGCAUGGACAUGGCGGAAAACCAGAAGCAGAUUGCCCAGUUCUCACGGAAAGAUGCCCAGGCCUUUCCCAAAUAUGAGGCGUUCAUGAAUCGCUUGGCAUUAGCCAUUGAACCUCUGCUGGACGCAGCCCCCGUGGACACGGAGGCCUUCCAGAGGGGUUCCCUGCUGCAAAGGCUCCAGGCGCUCUCCACGCUCAAGCCCCUGCUGCAGGCAGGUCGCGUGCUGGGAGCCCAGCUACCCCAGUAUUGCCAGGUCCUCACAGCUCCAAUUACAAAGGUGCUGGAUCAGUGGUUUGAGUCCGAGCCCCUAAAAGCCACUCUGGCCACAGAUGCUGUGAUCGGAGCCAUGACAAGUCCCCACACUCCAGGGAGCGGGUAUGUGCUGCUACAUCAUGUGAUGGGGGGCCUGGAGGGGGUGCAGGGGGCCUGGGGCUAUGUCCAGGGUGGCAUGGGUGCCCUCUCGGAAGCCAUCAUGAGCUCAGCCACGGCACACGGAGCAAGCGUCUUCACUGAAAAGACAGUGGCGAAAGUGCUGGUGAGCAAUGAAGGGCGUGCCCAAGGAGUCGUGCUGCAGGACGGCUCGGAGGUGAGGAGCCGAGUGGUGCUGUCCAAUGCUUCCCCGCAGGCCACCUUCUUGAAGCUGACGCCACAGGAAUGGCUUCCUAAGGAGUUCGUGGAGAGGAUCUCCCAGCUGGACACCAAGUCACCUGUUACCAAGAUCAACGUGGCUGUCGACAGGCUGCCUGACUUCCUGGCAGCCCCCAAUGCUCCCAGAGGCCAGCCACGGCCCCAUCACCAGUGCUCCAUCCACCUGAACUGUGAAGACACACUCCUCCUCCACCAGGCCUUCCAAGAUGCCGUGGAUGGCCUGCCUUCCCACAGGCCUAUGAUUGAACUCUGCAUCCCUUCCUCGCUGGACCCCACCCUGGCUCCCCCGGGCUGCCAUGUCAUCUCCCUCUUCACUCAGUACACUCCCUACACGCUGGCCGGAGGCAAGGUGUGGGAUGAGCAGGAGAGAAGUGCAUAUGCAGACAAAGUGUUUGACUGCAUCGAGGCCUACGCCCCUGGCUUCAAGGGCUCAGUGGUAGGCAGGGACAUCCUCACACCACCUGAUUUGGAGAGAAUCUUCGGGCUUCCUGGAGGGAAUAUCUUCCACUGCGCCAUGACCCUGGACCAGCUCUACUUCGCCCGCCCUGUGCCCUUGCACUCCAGCUACCGCUGUCCCCUCCGGGGCCUGUAUCUCUGUGGAAGCGGCGCCCACCCGGGAGGAGGCGUCAUGGGAGCCGCUGGACGCAAUGCAGCCCAUGUUGUCUUCAGAGACCUCAAGAGCAUGUGACCCUGAACCAACUCUGACCUUGAGAUUUUAAGUCCCUGUGGGGUCAGCGUCCAGGAUACGGCUGGAGGCUGACAAGUCCUCAUGCUCAAGCCACAUACAGGUUACGUUUGACACUUGUUAACCUUGCACCCCUGACUUCCUAGAUGGACUGGUGUUGUUUUAUUAAAAACAAUUAUAUAGAUAAUAUAAUUAUAUAGUUUGUGGAUUUUCUUCUUCUAUAUAUUUUCUGUGUACUGGUAGAUAUUUGCAUUUUUUCUACAUGUUAGCUUUUUCUAUGUAUUAGUCAGUACACAUGACUAUGUAGUAAUGGGCGGGAUAAGCUUGUCUGGGAUACUCAGCCUUCGCACCUUGGCUCCAAGCAGUCCAAAGGACCCGAGCAAGGCUUUAAUGCAAACACCCCUACUCACCGCCGGGUCCCACUACCAGCUGGACCUGGGGACAGCCCCGGGGGAGGCCUCAUCUGCUGCUGUCCCACUCCUGGAAAACUGAAAGAAAGGACCCAGUUCCCUGACAGGACACAAAGCCAUAUAGGGGCCAGGGGUCCGAACGAAAUUUGGCAUCUCAAGUCAUCAAAAACACCGUCAGGCAGCAGCAGUGAAGGGUAAGGGUGAAGUACAUGCAGCUGAGGGCCACGUGGGAGCUUACGUUCCUGAUUUAAGAGGAAUCACACCCAUGAGCUACACCUGAUGCAUCAGUAAACCCCUCAGAUGGAAACCUGUGUAUUCUCAAGGGAGCUGGGUCGUCACUCUUGACUAGAAAGAUCCACACAGAUGCCCCGUAUGCCACGCAGCUCUCCACCCUGCUUCUCAAUUCCAGCAGCCAGGGCUGCUGCGGUCCAGGGGGGCCCUGUGGGGUGUGGGGCGGGGAGGCAGAAGGUUCCUGGGGCACCUCCUCCUUCCCCUGCCCAGGAAGACUUGCGCGGAUCAGGAUAUAACCAUAUCAUUACUUAAUCGUGCUCAACUCAGAUUUUUCAUCUGCAAGGAGUUGCCUCAAAGAUCAAACAAGACAACAGGUCAUGUUUGGUCCCGGAUCAGGGGCACGAUCGGCAUUCAGUGCAGGCGGCAGCCCCGCUACUAAGCCUGUUGGUGAAGGCGCUGCUGUCGGGUUUGCAUUCUGCAGAAGGCGGGCUCUUCCACACUCUUUUUCUAACCUGGUGCCCAGAACUGAAACCAGCCGGCUAGUGGCAGCGUGGCUAUGGCAGAACAGAGUGAUCUUAGAGUUCGUGGAGCUUUUUCCAGAAGAAUGGCUGCCAGGCUAUGGUCCCUGUUUAGUUCCGGCACAAGUGACCUUGUUGGAAAUCUGGUUCUGGUCUGGGUUCUGAGAUACACUUUUCUCACUUGCCCUCAACCCCUCACAGGUUUCUUCCAGGGCCCCCCAGGGCAGUGGGGGGUGGGAAGAUGGGGAAGUGUUUGGAAGACAGGGAGGAAGGAAAGGAGGAAGAAACGUGUGGGGUUGAGGGCAAGUGCUGGCUGAAAUCUCUAGUCAGACGGGUCCUCAUUCUCUGCAAAGUCAUUUGCCUUGUGGAUGUCUCCCCUGGUCUCAGCACACCUGUUCCCAACACAGGCUUGCUGAGAGCAGAACUGAAGAACAAAUAGGACCCAGCCCAAUCCCCGGAGGCCUGGGGCCCAUCACAUCUGAUCUGGUGUUUCAGAGUGUCAGUGCUUGGGUGGGGGAGAGGGGUGGAAUAAAAGUCAAAAAGCUUAUAGGAUGUAGGAAAAUUUUUAAAUGUAAUAAGAACAUAAAAUGCAAACAUAAUCUUGCCUGCAGAGAAAAUCACCAUUACUGUUUAUACUACUUCCAGAUAGUCUUUUAGAUAAUUUAGAUGAGGAUCUGUAUUCUGAAUGUGGGCUUUACAUCUUCAUUUAGUUUUAAUUCAUGUCGUGAGCAUUUUUCAGUCAUAAAAAUUCAUUAAAAACAUGAUUUUUUAAUAGCUGCCUAAUAUUCUCUUAUAAGGACAAUGAUGGGACAUUGAGUUUAUCCUUGGCCUUGAUUGCUAACUAGCACCAGCCAAAGGCCAGAAAGAGUAGCUUUCUGCAUCUGCUUCUACUUGAGUGAUUGGCCAUCGUGUCUGCCUGGGUGCAGCUGCUGUCCAGGCAAACACCCCUUCGUGGGGGCAGAACUCAGAGGACACAUGGAAAGAAGGGAAAGAGAAUUCGUUUCCCACCGUUUAGUGAUUUCCCGUCUCUGGGAAGAUAACAUUUGGUCCAGACCAAGAGCACAAUCGGUGGACUGGAUUCGGCACUAUGGGGUGCCUUAGCUCCUAUGAGCCCCCAGCAGCACCCCUCCCCAGCCCUGGCUGAGCAAGGGGGACUGAGCUUUCCCUAAGUGCUGACUGCAAAUUGGCCAUGGAUCAGGCAAUGGGUCCCUUGUUGAGUUCAGAAUGUGAAACUCUUACAAGGAUAAAUAAGUCAGUGCCACAUUGUUACCUGAUUUACAGUUGCCCAUUUCCCCAGAGUGGUGGGGGACACUUCCUCUGAGGCACAAUUGUGUAAAAACCCAAAGUGUGUGUGAACCUCACCUGUUUAAGUCAUUAGGUCACAUGGCCAGCCCCUCCUGCUCUGAGGGCCCCUGGGUGAUGGUGUCCAGAGUCCGGGUGAGAAGGGAGGUUUAUAGCCCUGGGGGGAGUUCGGUGGUCCUCGUCGGAGGAAUGACAGAUGUGGCUGGCCGAGCCACCUGCGGGCCUUGGGAAUGUGCGAUUUUCUGUCGCAUGUUCUGUUUGCAAGCAUUUAGGAAUGCAGAGUUUUCUAUGGGACACUGAUACUACAUCGGUGGCAAAAGCAGAGAUGAGACUCACCCGUGGCAUUCUGGGGGGGAUGUGCAGAAACACCAAAUAAAAAGGAACGUGAAAUGCAAACGAGGAGACACUCAAAGGGAGAGCAAAUCUGAAAAAAUAUGUAACCUCACCAGGAAUCAGUGCAACGCAAUGAUAACUAAACUAUCACGUUUUGCCUAUAAAACUGAGAAAAGUUAUUAUAAUAGAAAAUCGCCAGUGUGAGCAGAGAGGACACGCACGCGUUGUUGGCAGGCAGCGGCAUAAAUUGGUAUUUGAGGAGGAACAAAAACCAACAUCCAAAAGGCACCCCAUUCGGUGCGUGACUCAACGUCUUGGCCCGUAGCCUAAGGAAAAUGUCAGAGAUGCCCCCAAAGAUUUAGGCACAAGCAUAUGCAUGAAGUGUUACUGCCAAUGGCAAAAUACUGAAAACAGCUUAAAUGUCCCAAAAUAGAGAAUUAGUUAAAAGAAUCAUAAUAGGGGCACCUAGGUGGCUCAGUCAUUAAGCGUCUGCCUUUUGGCUCAGGUCUUGAUCCCAGGGUCC